ACAAGCAGUUGUUGGUUUGUUGGUAAAUUUGUGCCGCGAGUUUUCAUUUUGAGCUAACUGUUAGCUUCAGCUGAAAUAUGUGUUACAAAGUUGUCACCAGCAUUGUUAACUAACUCACUCAACCGCAGUCAUUGUAAGUCAUCUCCUUUUGUCCCGGUGGUCGAACAAAACCUUUCUUCACAAGAAAAUGUCCGUAGAUAAAGAGGAGGCGCAUCAGAGGUUAAAGGCUGCGGUGCAUUAUACUGUGAGUCGUAUUUGUCAGAAGAUGGGAGAGGACCACCGGAGAGAGUUCAGCCGACAAGUGAUAGCAGCGAUAGCCGAGACAACAGUGAGACAAUGCGAUAUAUUUGCUAAAGACCUGGAGGCCUUUGCCAGGCAUGCUAAAAGAAGCACUGUGUCUACAGAAGAUGUGAAGCUCGUAGCUCGUCGCAGUACUGCACUAUCCAUCUACAUACAAAAUAAAAGCGAGGAACUGAACCAGGAGCAGAGGGAUUUGAAAAAGAAGAGUACUGGGAAGAGGAAGAGCAGAGACACUGAGGAGGAGGAAAGCAGACAAUAAGGACAAGACACAGGCAGGCCCUGCAGUGUCUCACUUGUACCCAACAUUCAAAUAAACAUGAAGGCUGACUAAUACAUGACAGUGAGUUCAGUGUCCUAAAGGUGCUAUAAUCAUUCUUUCAUGGGAAUUAUGCAUUUCAUCUUUAAACUAACCUACAGCAUGAGAUCUAAUGUCACAUUACAGUACUUUUAUUUUACACUUUCUGCAGAUUUAGAGCAAAUAACUUCCGACUUAUCCGUCCUGGGACCUGCUGAUGUCAAAAUGUAGUGCAGUUGGCACCGGUUUGACAUUCAAUAAAAAAACGUAUGAACUGAUACAAAUGUAGGUUGUUUUUGUAAAAGCACUGUCAAAGUGACACGGACUACAAAAUCUUCUAUUAGAGCAGUUUAGUCAUUUAUAUAAAUUAUAAACCUGCCAAAUUUCCCCAAAAUAUAACAAUUAUCUAAAUAUGUGGGGAAACCUCAAAUGGACUUAAGACUGUCAGGCAAACUAUCCAUAAUGUACAGUCAGUGACCACUUUAUUAGGUACACAUGUGCAAUCUAAUGCAAUCCAAUACACCUGCCAUAAUGCCACCUUUAUGACAUACUGAGUGCUUUAUAUUCAGGUGUCUAAUAUUCUCCUCUGUGUACGUAAAUAGGGAUGGAAACAAAUCAGAAAAA